AUGGUGGACGGAGGCGACGGUAAUGGAGAGAGGUUGACGGAGGGACACGAGUCCGGCUGUGACACGACGAUGGCGAAGGGACGCGAGUCCGACUGUGACGAGGUAAUCGAAGAAAAUAAUGUUGUUAAUGAGUUGGCUAAUUGUGGUUGGAAGCCAAAAUUGGGCAUGUCAUUUGACUCUGAACAAGCUGCAUAUGAUUUUUACAAUACCUAUGGCAGAAAUGGAACUUGGGGUAUUGACAAGCGAGAUCCACUAGUAAAAUUUCCGAGACAAGAGGUGAGGUGUGGUUGUCAUGCUCGAUUUAGUAUCAAGUUAGAUAGAAAUUUAGGAAAAUAUGUUGCCAUUGAUUUUGUUGAACAUCAUAACCAUGAUCUUGUGCCUCAAGAGUGCAUUCAUAUGUUGCCAUCCCAAAGAAAAAUAUCUACCACCCAAGCAAUUGAAGAAGAAUUGGCUGCAGAAUCUGGAAUUCCUCUUAGGUCUGCUUAUGAGCUAUUUGGUAGGGAAUCUGGUGGAAGAGCAUCACUUGGCUUCACCAAAUUGGACCAAAAAAAUUACUUGAGAUCGAAGAGACAAAAAGAUUUGGAAUAUGGAGAAGCGGGUAGUGUGUUGCAAUACUUUCGUAAGAAAAGUUUAGAAAAUCCAUCCUUUUAUUAUGCAGUCCAAUUAGAUUGUGAAGAGCAAAUAAGUAACAUAUUUUGGGCGGAUGCACAAAUGAUAAUGGACUAUGCUCAAUUUGGUGAUGUAGUGACCUUUGACACUACUUACAAAUUAAAUAAUGAACAUAGACCUUUUGGAACCUUUGUUGGAUUUAAUCAUCAUCGAGAAACUGUUGUAUUCGGUGCAGCGUUGAUGUAUGAUGAGACUACCGAAUCAUUCACAUGGUUGUUUCAGAUUUUUUUGGAGCAUGUGAGUUCCCUCUUUCAAGAUGUUGAGGUAAAGGGUGUCUUUUCAAAAUUUAUGCAUCAAAUUGAUGAUGAAGAAGAAUUCAAAAUACAAUGGGACCAAAUGCUUGAUAGGUAUGAUGCACACAACAAUCAUUGGUUGGCGCAAACUUUUGGUGUGAAGGAGAAAUGGAGAUGGCCAUAUAUUAUGAAUUAUUGGGCAGCUGGAAUGAGUACUACUCAACUAAGUGAGUCAUUCAAUGCAUUUUUGAAGGAUUAUCUCAAUUGUGAUCAUAACUUGAUGGAAUUUUUCAAGCAUUUUGAGAGGGUGCUUUAUGACAAGAGGUAUAAAGAAUUGGAAACCGAGUAUAAUUUGUGUCAAAAAUUGCCAAGGGUUUCCAUUCCAACUGUGAUGUUAAAGCAAAUGGCAGAUAUUUACACCAAAACAAUUUUUGAGGAAUUCCAAAAUGAGUACGUGCAGUCCAUUAAAGCGUCCAUUGUAGGCACUAUUCAUGAUGGUGAGAGUACCAUAUUCACAAUUCAAACGGAUGUAGAUGGAAAAAAAGAUAAGAAUGUGACAAUGGAUAGAGAUGGUUUUUUGAGUUGUAGUUGCAAGAAGUUUGAAGUGAAGGGCAUAGUGUGUCAACAUUAUUUAAAGGUGCUUAGAGAGAUAAUCAAUGCAAAGGACCUUCCUGCACAAUACAUACUCAAACGAUGGACUAAAAAAGCAAGGGCUGAAACUGUGAAAGAUAGGCGUGGGUAUGAUGUGAAGGUUGAUGUCAAACUACAUCAAAGCGACCGAUAUAGGUCAUUGAUGAAUAUGUUUAGAGCUACAGCAAGUAGAGCCGCCGAAAGUGAAGAAACUUAUCAUUUGUCACUUGCAAAAGGUGAAGAACUGAGUGUCAUGGUUGAAGACAAAUUAAGUGUGCACACUUUUGGUCAAGUGGAGAUCACUGAAUUCAGAAAUUCCUCAGCUAACACAUGCCCACAGAGUGAUGAAGUAGAUUGUCCAAUCCAAGCCAAGGGACUGAAGAAAAGACAAGCAACUACUAAAGGAAGAAGGAGGAUCAAGGGCGGGAUGGAAAAAUAUAUUGCAAAGAAGAAAAGAAUGCAAUCUAAGCAGGGUGAUAGUUUUUGUACUCUUGAAGGUCAAUAUGAGCCUCCUGUUGCCAUGGGUAAUAUUUCUAGUCAGGAUGGUUCUUUUUCUACUUAUCAAGGUCAAUCUCAACCCUCUUCCGACAUGGGUAAUCAUUCGAUGCAGGGUGUUUACACUCCACAAGGUCAAUCUCGACCUCCUUUUGCCAUGGGUCGUAGUAAUUACGUUCAGGGUCGUGGUCGCGAAUCCCAAUCUCAACCUUCUUUUGCCAUGGGUCAUACUAAUUAUGCCGAGGGUGAUGGUCGUGCAAUCUAUAUUUCUCAACCUCAAUCCCAAUCUCGACCUGAAUCCCAAUCUCAACCUUCAUUUGCCAUGGGUCGUACAAGUGUACAUCAUGUCAUGUAUCCUACAUAUGAUGGAAAUAACAUGCCUCAGUCAAUGCCGUUUGAUUCAAUGCCUUUACUGUAUCCCACUCAGACAUCGUUUCAGAAAUUGCUUCGAGAUAGUACUGCAGUCCAACUGUCACAAGCCUCACAUAGUCCUGCUGACAGUCGUGUGGAUGGACAUCCCUGGAAGGCUUGCACUGAACGAUGA